CUGAGAAAGAUGGAAAGAGAAACUACUGAAAUGGAGACAAAUUUUAAUGAUGAAAGUGAUUCUGAUGAUGAGAGUUAUGAAUCUGCUUCGUCAGAAGGGUUGAUGUUGAACGAAAGGGGCGAGGAAAAUGAGGAUCAUGUUGAGUACAGGCAAUUUUUCAAGGAUUUACAAGAGAAUAAUUGGAGCGGCGUAGAAGAAUACAUAAACAGAUUAGAUCACCAGAGGUUGACGGCGAAGAUUAUAGUUUAUGUGGAGGAGACUCUUUCUCAUAUAAUUACUCGAAAGUUAGAUGCCCCCAUUUGGCUUAUAGAGAAGCUUGCAUCACAGAUGGGUCCCCAAUCACUAGCUGAAUCGAAAGAUGAGUUUGGGCAGUCAGCUAUAUUCUGGGCUGCAGCAUUUGGCAAUAAAAAAGCAGUAGAAGCCUUCGUGCGUUGCAACGAAGAUUUGCCAAACAUAACUGACAGCACCGGUUUCCUUCCCAUCCAUGAAGCAGCAGCCUGUGGCCACAAGGAAGUAGUUGAAUAUCUACUGCAAGUGACAACAGCUGACUUGUAUGACGAGAGAGGUUUUAUUCUAAUUGAAGACUUGAUUAGUUGUGGUCUCUACGGUAUAGCUUUAGAUCUAUUGAAGCAAUAUCCAAAGUUAGGUCGGGAACUGAAAAAGGGAAGAAGGAGUAUUUUGAAAAUGCUAGCUAAUAAUCCUCUGGCAUUUCAUAGUGGGAGUCGGUUUGGAUAUUGGCAACGCUUAAUCUAUCGUUGGAUUCUUGUGCAGGAAGAACAUAUUUCUUGCCCUGAAAGUGUGUAUGGAGACGAGGAGAACCACUUGGAAAUAUCAAACAACAUAGAAAGAUCCACACAUUUUGGAUGUAUUUGUCGAAAAAUCUCUACUGCCUUUGGUGGUUUGAGCCAAAAAUUACAUACUAUGCUAUGGAAAGUCCUCAUGCAAGCGUCAAGUGUCAAGCACAUACAUGAUACAAAGUUAGCGCAUAUGCAAACACUGGAAAUAGUCAAAAUCAUGUGUAAUGAGGGAGUGAUUUGGAGCAAUAAAAAAGCCGUGAAGACACUGUGCGAGCCAAUUCUUACAGCUGCAAGAUUUGGGAUUUAUGAGCUUGUGCAUGAAAUCCUGAAGGCCUAUUUCUAUUCCUUUACUUUCACUAAAAAAGGACUUGGCAUACUUCAUUUUGCAAUAUUACAUCGCCAUGAACAAAUUUUUAGUCUUGUCAACAAUAUGAAUUUAUUUAUAUGGGAUUGGAAAGCCGCCAGUUCAAGAAAAAACACUGACAACAUCUUGCAUUUAGCUGGGCGGCUAGUACCUUCAAGAGAAGUCCCUGGUGCAGCAUUUCAGAUGCAGAGGGAAUUACAAUGGUUUAAGGCUGUAGAAAGUUAUGUCCAUCCAUCCUUCCGAGUACAGCGAAAUAAGCUCAACAAAACUCCUAGAGAAGUGUUUACCGAAGAACACGAGGGUUUAGUCAAAGACGGUGAAAAAUGGAUGAAGGACACUGCUCAAUCAUACACAUUUGUAGCUGCACUCAUAAUCACUGUAGUUUUUGCAGCGGCUUUUACGGUACCAGGUGGCAACAACAAUAGCGGGAUACCCAAUUUUUCACAAGAACGACCGUUUAUAAUCUUCAUUGCUUCAGAUGCACUUGCACUCUUUUCUUCAACUACUUCAUUGCUGAUGUUCUUGGGAAUCCUUACUUCACGUUACUCAGAAGAGGAUUUUCUAAUGGCCUUGCCAAAUAAGUUAAUGUUCGGGCUUGUCACCAUGUUCUUCUCUAUCGCAAGCAUGAUAGUGGCCUUUGGUGCAACCAUUAUAAUUCUUUCCCCUGGAAAAUUGGUUAUCAUUCCAAUUGCCUUGCUUUGUUGUAUCCCUGUGACAUUAUUUGCCUUGUUUCAGUUCCCUCUGUUAGUUGAAAUUUACUCAUCCACUUAUAGAUCAACCAUUUUCAAAGCGCUAAACUAAGGAUGUAAUUCUCAUGUAGAGACAAGUACUUGUCCUUCAAAUUAGAUUCUA